AAUUGAAGAUGGCGGCGGCUGCGGUGACGGUUGGGUCCGCUCGGAGAGCGCGAGCGCUGCCGCCCCGGAGAUGAAGCGGCGGCACCGAGAGCGGGAUUGUAAACACAACGCGGCCGGGCCUCUGGGGGAGUAGGAAGAAGAAACCAGUCUGUGGCUAUACUUCUGAUAAUGGCAGAAAAUCCACCACCACUUGACGCAACCUCGCUUCUCAAUGUUGAUUUGUCUCUUCUACCUCCUCUAGUGAAUGGAGACGGGACGCAGGUUAUUUUGGUUCAAGUCAACCCAGGUGAGACAUUUACUAUAAGAAGAGAGGAUGGGCAACUUCAGUGCAUUACAGGUCCUGCUCAGGUUCCAAUGGUGUCCCCAAAUGGUUCAGUGCCUCCUAUUUAUGUGCCUCCAGGAUAUGUAUCCCAGGUUAUUGAAGAAAAUGGUGUUCGAAGGGUGCUGGUGUUACCUCAACAGCCAGAGUUUCACCCUGGUAGUCAUCCACCAAUACAUCCUCAUCCGUAUAUGCCUACGUUUCUUCAUCCACCUGUCCUACCACAUCAUCAAAUGUACUCUACAGGACCAGGCGAUGUUUCAACACAGUACGUUCCACAGCAUCAUCCUCCACAUUCAUAUACAGAUCAAGAAUCUCAUCCCACUCACGGCAGGUCCAACUAUAUCCAUAGAGAUGAAAGGACUAGCAAAGCAUAUGAUCGCUUACAAAAGAAACUGAAAGACAGACAAGCUAAUGGGUCAAAAGACAAAAUCAGCAGCCCAUCAUCAUCUCCCCAUAAGUGCCAUUUUGAGUCUCUCACCAGUGAACAGAAUGAACAAGAUACCCUAGAAACAUGUGUAGGAAAUGAGAAGAGUAAACAAGAUCAGAAGAAGGAAGGCACAUCUGAAAAAGAUACAGAUAUGUCUGCAGAUGAAGAUGCAAACAAAAAAGCUCUUGAAGCUUUGCUAAGUGUUAGCAAACCGAUGGUAUCUGACAUCCAGGCAAGAACAGUUGUCCUCACUUGGGCUCCUCCUUCAGCCGCAAUAAAUGAUGAUGCUGCUAGUGAUUUUUUAUCUGAACCCUACAGCUAUGAAGUUGCUAUUUCAAAUGGUGGGAAAGAUGAGAAGUUCAAAAUUGCUUAUGUAGGAAAGGACGAGAGUGUCACAUUACAUGACCUAAAGCCGGCCACAGACUACCAAGCUAGGGUGCAAGCAGUGUGUAACCUAAUAAGAGGGGCCCCAUCGGAUUCAGAGAGUUUUAGAACAUUGUGCAGUGAACCAGAUACACCAAUGGCACCUAGAAUAAUAAACAGGACCAAGCAUUCCCUCAGUCUGCAGUGGAAGGCCUCAUGUGAUAAUGGUUCCAAAGUCACCAACUAUAUUCUGGAAUGGGAUGAGGGUAAAGGAACUAGUGAGUUUUCACAGUGUUAUUCCGGGCUACAAAAGCAAUUCAAAGUUACCAAAUUAUCACCAUCUGUGGGAUACAGGUUUAAGUUAGCAGCCAAAAAUGAUGUUGGAAUGAGUGACUUCAGUGAAGAAGUGCUUUUCUACACUUCUGGCAGUGUUCCUCCUACACCAGCAGGUCCUCAGCUUCUUAAAGCUGGAAUCACAUGGUUGUCAUUACAUUGGAGUAAGCCUUCAGGAACUCUCUCCGAUGAGGGUAUUGGUUAUAUUUUAGAAAUGGAAGAUGAAACCUCAGGAUACGGGUUUAAGCCAAAGUAUGAUGGAGAGGAUCUCGCAUGUACCAUUAAAAACCUUAGAAGAGGAAGUAUGUAUAAAUUUAGGGUAAUUGCAUACAAUUCAGAAGGGAAGAGCAACCCGAGUGAAAUCACAGAGUUUACCACUUUUCCAGACAAACCUGGAAUGCCAAGUAAACCUUUGGUGAAGGGGAAGAUUCAUGCUCAUAAUUUUAAAAUAAUAUGGGAUCCACCCAAAGACAAUGGAGGAUCAGCAAUUACAAAGUAUGUUGUUGAAAUGUCAGAGGGUAUAAAUGGAAACAGAUGGGACAUCAUUUACAGUGGAUCUGCCAGAGAACAUGUCUGUGACCACUUAAGUCCUGGCUUUACAUAUCAGUUGCGUGUUUACUGCAUUAGUAAAGGAGGACAGAGUCUGGUUUCCGAAACAUUACAAGUACAAACAGCAGCAGUACCUCCAGGACCUUGUCAACCACCAAGACUCAUGGGUAAACCUCGAGCAAGGGAAUUGCAGUUGCAUUGGGGCCAACCUCCUGUGACUGGUGGUUCCCAAGUAAUAAGUUAUAAGCUAGAAAUGUUUGCAUCAGACCUGAAUGAUACCAAGGAAGUGUACCAAGGACCAGACAUGGAAUGUACAGUCAGCAACCUGCUUCCAGGAAGGAUAUAUGGUUUUCGACUUCGAGCUGCAAACAAAACAGGGUAUGGACCAUUCUCAGAAAAAUGUGAGAUUUGUACGGCAGCAGCAUGUCCUGAUCAAUGCAAAGCUCCACAGGUUACGUGUAAGACAGCCACAUGUGUGCAUGUCAGCUGGACGGUACCAGCUGACAAUGGUGCUGAUGUGACAGAGUAUAGGCUGGAAUGGGGAGUAGUGGAAGGUAUGAUGCAAAUCUGUUACUGUGGGCCUGGUCUAAGUUAUGAAAUGAAAGGACUCCUGCCUGCCACUACCUACUUCUGUAGAGUUCAGGCAUUGAACAUCGCUGGUGCUGGUCCUUUCAGUGAUGUAGUUUUAUGUAUGACACCAGCAUCUGUUCCAGCUGCCGUAGGUUUUGUACAAGUUAUGGAUGAGGAUCAGCUUGAUGUGCCGCUUGAUUUCCAGUCAACUUGUCUUGCGAUACAGUGGGAAGAGCCUUGUGAUCAUGGUUCUGAAAUCACAAACUACAGUAUUGACUUCGGUGAAAGACAGCCAAUAAUCGUGGACAGAACCACUAGCCAUGUCAUUGAAAAUCUGCAGCCAGAUACCACUUACAGGCUGCGAGUUCAGGCUAUAAACAGCAUUGGACCUGGUCCUUUUAGCCACACUAUUAAAGCAAAAACAAAACCACUGCCUCCAGAACCACCUCGGAUAGAAUGUGUGGCUUCUAGUCAUCAAACUCUGAAGCUUAAAUGGGGAGAAGGCACUGCAAAAACCUUGGCAUCAGAGGCUACACAAUAUGUCUUGCAGAUGGAAGAUAAGAAUGGAAGGUAUUCAACGUUAUACAGGGGACCAUGUCACACAUAUAAAGUUCAGAGGCUCAGUGAGUCCACAUGCUACCGAUUUAAAAUUCAGGCAUGUAAUGAAGCAGGUGAAGGACCCCUUUCUGAAGUUUACACUUUCAUGACUACCAUAUCUCCUCCAUCUCCUCUUAAAGCUCCAAGAUUAGAGCAACUGAAGGAGAAUGUUUGUGAUCUCAUUUGGGAACCCUUGCCAGCAAUGAAGGGAGAUCCAAUUGUUUACAGCGUUCAAGCCAUGAUUGGCAAAGACUCUGAAUUCAAGCAGAUAUAUAAAGGUCCAGAAACAACCUUCCAAGUUUCAAACCUCCAGUUAAACUGUGAAUACCGUUUUCGAGUGUGUGCCAUUCGCCAGUGCCAAGGCACUCAAGGGUUUCAUGAUCUAGUGGGCCCUUACAGUGCCACUGUAACAUUAUAUUCUCAGAGGAAUGAAACACCAACCAGCAGCAGCAAAGACACUACAGAAGUCACAAAGGCAGCACAGACAUUAAGUGAUGAGCAGUGUGCUGCCCUCAUCCUUGCGUUGUUUGCCGCAGUCUCUGUUUUGAUUGCUUUCAUUGUUCAAUACUUUGUCAUCAAGUGAAAAGUUAUUAGUAUCUUUAUGUCUCUCUGCCAUGUAUUACUUGUGUUGUAAUAUCGAAUUAUUGUUGUUAAUUAUGCUUUUAAAUUGAUGAUGGUAUCCAAUCUUACAUAGAGGCUCUUUGCCAACAUCUCAGCCAUUGUCAUGCCUUUAAUCUUGCUUGUUAAUGAAAAGCUGGCAAUGUAGAAAUAGUGUUCCAUCAGAGAUUGUUGAAAGUAGCAACAAUCUAUACAAGAAGUGACAUCUGGUUAAGUCCAGUACCAUUUUGCAUAGGACCCCUUUAAGCUGCUUCUGAAUGUUGACAUGCUAUGUUUGAAGUUGAAGCGUUAUACCAGAGAUUUUUUUUAAAAAGCUUUAUUAUAAGGGAUCAUGUGAAAAUGUUCAGAUGAAAGGAAAAAAAAUGAUGCACUUCAGUGCAGUGUGCUAAAUAUAUUGCAGGAACAGAUAUUGGCGGUAUUAAAUCUUGAGGAGUAUGUAGGUAAAAUUCAUAACAGUUGCAACAAGAACAGUGAACCCAAACUGUGAAACUUUGAAUCUUUGGUAGUUGUGCAAUUCCUACCUCUUCUCAAAUGUAGCCUAAAACAAUUGAAGAGGGACCUCUUGGACUAAAUUGCCAGUAAGCAAGAAUGACUUGUGAUUGUGUGGAUAAAAGCUACUCAGUGAGCGAUACAGUAGAAUAUUUUAGUGCUAAAGCUUUUGUAUCACGAAGACAAACUUAAACUGUCAUGUCUUCGAACUUGAGUAAUUAAUACAAUACUUCCUACAUACACAAGUUAUAAUGGAUCGUUUUCACUGUUUCACAGAUUAUAUUUUAGGCACAAUUUUAAUUUUAGCAGCUUUCUUUAGUGAAGAAAUGAUUUACAAUUGAAAAUUAAUAAUUCUUCAUUUUAAAUUCAUACUGAAUGCAACAAUUCUGUGCAAGCCUCAAGAUAAAAGUUAAAAUCUUAGAGAGUUCCUGCAAAUCCCUAAGAACACUAAUAGCACCAACUAUCUGGAAAACAACACUACAUAUUGCAAAGAUAAUACAUUUCAUAAGGUCGCAUGUCAGCCAUUUUGCAGUACUUUGCAAUUUAUGUGCUAAUAGAUAUCAUCUGGAACUCUGCCCCAGUGUAUGGUGGGCUGUUAUUGGUCCAAUAGUUCAUUUAUACUUACUAGCACCUUAAAUGCUGUCUCCAUUAUUGCACAUAAUCUCUGAUUAGAGUCUUGUGAUAAAGAUAUGGAUUUGCUAGAGUAUUACAUGUCCUUAAAGUAAUAUUGUUUUAUUCAUAUACCGUGCAAUGCAUUCUAAUUUUUUUUUGGUUAGUCUCUUAUUUAUUCUAAUUAUAGACAUAAAUUCCUAGGUUAUUAACACUUUCAGUAGUGUGCGCUACCAGUUAUGUUGUGCUACAAAUCACUUUGUUUUAUGUGUCACUUUAUUUGAAGGAGGUAAGGGGUAUGUGAAAGUUUGAUAUAUGCACGCAAACCCUGUACAAAGUGAACUUUCUGCAUUGUCAGGUACGUUUACAUUUCCCUUUUGCUUUUUAAGUUGAGUGUUGCACUUCAAUGUUAGCAAGUGUUACCCAAAGAAAGUAUACUGUGCAUCUCAAGCUGGAUGAUUGCAAAUGCUGAGUGUUUCAUGUCUGAUCCUUUCCUCUGGCCACCAGCUGCUGACAACUUUAUGCAUUUUUUUUAAAGAAACAGGCAUGAUUGCCCAGCAGAAAAAAAAGCUGCAAGCAGAUCAGGAGAAGCAUCAUUUAUCUUUCCAGGUAUCCCUUAGCUUUAUUUUAAACCAGUUAUAAAUCAAAUACCCUUAAAAUAUCCUUCUAAAUCUGCAGCCUUAAUUACAUUUUAUGUACCUUGGUUAAAUAAUUUACCUGGAGUGGGAUAUUUUUUCCCUAUUCCCUCAACGGUUGCUUAAUUCUAUUGUGGCACUGGCAACUUUACUGAAAAGAAUACACAAAAUGUUUUGGCCAGCUAUAUUCUAUAAGAAAAUGUUACGUAUGUUGGAUUUUUGAUGGCUCUAUUUCAAGACAAUGUGGGCUCAAUUUUAAAACAUUCUGCAAAAUUUGUUGUUGUUGUUGAAAAGCUGGAAGAGUUUAUUUUGACAGUCAAAUUCAAGUCCAUUCCUAUUUUUGAUAGUUGCAUAUUAUCAGUCAUUUAUAAAUGUAAUUGUACUUUCCAUACUCUCAUUGCAGUUUCCUGUAUUGAGGGGCAGUGGUUUUUAAAUGUAACAAAGCUUCACAGUUACCUCAUUGAUUGUACAUUCCAAAAACUAUGGAAACUUUGGAACUGUUCCAAAUAUACAGCAUAUCACUUAUAUUAUGUCUGAUUUAGUACUGAUGAUGUAAAGCUGCCAUAACAUGUAUAGACUCUGAAAUAUGUAUCUAAAUCCAAAUUAUAAAUCAGCAGGUAAUACGUAAAACAAAAUUCAUGCACAAUAAAUAAUGUAUGAUUCUUUGCACUGCCUACUGCAUGUAUACAAGGUGUUUAGGCUUUGUUGCAAGUUGAAUAGAUUUUCAAGGCAGAUGAGACUAUUAGAGUAGAAAGUAACAUGGUUUGCAGCAACUUCUGAACAACUCCAAAAU